AUGAAGACUAUUCAUACGGAGUUUGGAGACAUUAUUGAUUGCAUUGACAUUUACAAACAACCAUCAUUUGAUCAUCCUUUACUGAAGGAUCAUAAGUUGCAGAGAAAACCCAACUUUCAUAAUGUGAUUGGAGAGCCACGUCUAAAAACUACAUCCAUAUUCCGAUUGAGUAAAGAUGAUUGUCCGAAGGGAACUGUUCCUAUACUCAGAACAACAAAAGAUGAUUUUAUUCGAGAAAAAUCAAUGUUAAACAAUCAUAUAUUGACUAAAGAUGUUCCUGGUGUUCAUGUUGCCGAAGUUUCCCCUAAACCACAUUUUGGUCCUUAUUACGGAAUAAGAGGAACAAAUACUAUUUAUAAUCCACGAGUUGAUGAAAACUAUCAAAUCUCUAUGUCUCAUUUGUGGGUUCAAAAUGGACCGACACAAUUAGCUAACAAAAUCUCAUUAGGAUGGCAUGUGAGUCCAGAACUAUAUAAUGAUUAUGGAACCCAUCUUUAUUCCUCGUGGACGUCAGAUAACUUCAAGAAGACGGGAUGCUAUAAUAUUCGGUGUGCAGGUUUUAUUCAAAUUCACAAAGAUCAUUAUCUUGGUGUACGCUUUCCCAAUGUAUCUCGAUAUGGAGGACCAACUAUAAUGGAUCUCUUCGAUAUUAUUCAGGUCAUAAUAAUUUUUUAUAUAAUUUUCACUACAGUAAAAGAUAGAGCUGAUGAAGUAGGGUGGGGUGGAAGAACAGGAACUCGUGUUGAUACUCGUAGUCCUGUAAUGGGGGCAGGAUAUCCUAAUGAUGACAAUGCUACUCAUGCUUGUUUCUUUAAACAUGUGGUUAUUCAAGAUUCAUCAAGAAAUAGUCGUGAAAUGAUUCAUCCAUCAGAUACUCGUUUCUUCAUUGACAGACCUAAUUGUUAUAAUGUUAGAUACCCAGAUUACUACUAUGGUACAUUUCUCUUUUUUGGAGGACCUGGUGGUUACUGUGGCAAUUAA